AUGGCAGACAGCAUCUCCGGCUAUACUUUAGAUGCCGAGGCCGAUGCUCAUCUGGGUGACGAAAAAUCGUACAACAAGGAGCGUGCCGUCUCGGUUUCUAACGAGGAUCCAUCUGCCGUUUUGGAUACCAGUCAAUCGUUUUACGUCGAUUCUAGCAUCACCUUUGAGAACUAUGUCCACUGGGCCAAGCGGUCGCGCGAGGUUGAGAAGCACAUUCGGACCGACAAUGUGGGAUUUGAGUACUGGUUUAGGAAGUUUUUUGAUAAAAAUUUUGAUCCUUCAGUGACACCGACAAGUGAGGCCCAGGGACAGGGUUCUCCUGUCACUGACCCUAACGCCAACCCUUCCAGCAAAGCAAACGGCGAGAGCACAACCGAUGAUUGGGGCAUCACCGAGACAGAAUGGGAACAAGCGCAACGGGCCGCGCGAACGGCAACCUGGGGUUCGAUCUUCUAUCUCAUUUCCACCGACAUCUUAGGGCCGACCAACGUCCCUUGGGCAAUCAGUCAGAUGGGCUUCGGCCCAGGAGCUGUGCUUUACACUGUCUUCGGAGCCAUGGCUUGUUACUCCGGCAUGCAACUGUGGAGGAUCUUCAUCGGUCUUGACUCCACUCGAUUCCCGAUGCGCAACUAUGGCGAUGUGGCUUUCCGCAUCUACGGUAACUGGGCUCGCAUUUUCGUGAACGUCCUGCAAAGUUUCCAGUUCUUCCUCAAUGUGACCCUGCUCAUUGUAAGCAAUGGACAAGGACUCGCGCAGAUGGCUCUCGGGUCCAGUGGCCAUGGGUACCUGUGUUUCAUCGCUGCCGAGGUUAUCUUCAUGGUCGCCGGCUUUUUGUUUGGGCAGAUCCGUACCCUGCAGCGCCUUUCUUAUUUGUCGAACAUUGCGGUCUGGCUGAACAUCAUUGUCAUCGUCAUGACGAUGGCUGUGGUGUACAAGUAUCCACCCAACUACGAAGCCUCGCUGGCUAGUUAUGGUACGCCAAAGGGACCUGUGAAGACAACCGGGUACUGGCCUAAGAGCUCAACUCUUGACGACAAAGUGAAUGCUAUGAUGAACGCUGUAUUCGCGUACGGUGGCGCAACCCUCUUCAAUGAGCUCAUGGCUGAGAUGAGACGGCCCUACGAUUUCUGGAAGGGCUUCAUCAUUGCCGAGGUCUUCAUCUACGUUUGCUACCUUAUCUCGGGCAUGGUUGUGUACAGUGCCCAGGGCCAAUUUACUUUCAAUCCUGCCUAUCAAGGUAUUCCCAACUCUGCCUACAAUUUCCAGACUCUGGGCAACGCUAUUUCAUUUAUCACCGGCAUCAUCGCAGCACUGCUGUAUGGUAACAUUGGUAUCAAAGUGUUUUACUCUGCCGUGUUCCGCGAUGUCUUCCGUUUCCCCGAAUUGAACAGCCGAACUGGAAAGUUGAUGUGGAUUGGGCUCGUGCCGGUGUACUGGAUUCUUGCCUGGGUGAUUGGCGCCGCAAUCCCACAAAUCAGUAAUCUGACUUCCUUCGUGGGAGCCGCCUGCAUCCUGCAGUUUUCUUACACCUUCCCGCCUCUGCUUCUGGUUGGGUUCAACGUCCAGAAUGAUGCGAUACUCCCCGAAGAGGAAUUCAAUCCCACCACUGGCCAGGUGCAGCGCGUGGACAGUGGAAUCAAGCGGAUUAUCAGAGGAUAUAAAAAGAAGUUCGUUUGGAACACUUUCGAUCUCAUCUACUCACUAGCUUCCUUGUCCGCCGCCGGUCUGGGAAUCUGGUCUUCAGUUACUGCCAUGAACACGAGUUUCAAUUCGGGCAAACUGACCCCUUUCACUUGCAAGAACCCGGCUGGAUAA